UAACCUACUGUACAUCAAUUUACCUCGAUACUUGGUUGACGUGGAGCGCUCCUAUCCCAAGAAAACGACAACGGCCUCCGUGACAGGUUCACAAGCUCUAUUGACAGCGUUGAGUAGUCUCUCCUAAGUUCAAAGCUAUGCCCGAAAAUAUAGUCGAGGGUGGUGAGCCUCGCUUCGCCCACCUUUCAAAUGUGCAUCCGGAAUGGGAAAAGGUUGCGGCCAGGUACAAGGCAGUCGAGCAGAAAAUGAAUGAGCUGUACAGUCUUCCCAUCAAAGAGUUCCGCCAAAUUCCUUAUCGCCCGCCACCUAUCCCGGCCGCUAGUCCUGUCUUGGGAACAGAUAUCAACAUCAGGGAAAAGGAGAUAGUCGUACGCGAUGGCGCCAAAGUUGGAAUCCGCAUCUACCAGCCUGCGGUUCUCGGGAAAGAACAUCUGUUAUUCUUCAACGUACAUGGAGGAGGCUGGACUGUUGGCACGCCGGAGACAGAAGAGUGCCAAAAUCGACUGAUCGCGGCAAGGAACAGAGCAGUGGUAGUGAGCGUCGACUAUAGAAAGGCCCCCGAGUUUCCAUUCCCAUACGCCCUCAACGACUCCUUGGAUGCGCUCUUAUGGUGCCAAAAGAACGCAGACUCCCUAGCCAUCAACCCCCAAAGAAUCAUCGUUGGCGGUGGCAGCGCCGGCGCCAAUAUCUGCACCGUGCUCACGCACCUGGCCCGCGACAACAACGUCGCCGGCAUCGUCGGCCAGAUCCUCAACAUCCCCGUGACUUGCCACCCGAAGCACUUCCCCGCGGAGAAGUACGAGUACCUCUCUUACACACAGAACGCGGACGCGCCCAUGGUCAGCGCGGCGAGGAUGCGGCAGUUCUGGAACAACUACCUCCCGGGCGAGGAGGAGGAUCCGCGUGCAAGUCCGCUUCUGGCGGCGUCUUUGGCGGGGUUGCCGCCGACGCUCGUGCAGGUAGCUGGGAUGGAUCCGCUUCGGGAUGAGGGGCUUGCAUAUGCGGAAUCUCUGAGAGCUAGUGGUGUGGAUGUGACACUCAAGAUAUAUCCGGGAAUGCCGCAUGCAUUUUACGCGUUUCCAGAGCUGGAGCCAUCUGUUCGGUAUUUGGAGGCAAUGGUGGAGUGGAUUGACCAACUUGGAGGGCGAGUGCCUGGGGGAACAGGGGAAUAACUAUGUGGUGAUUGACCGUUAAAAUACUUGGUCUUUGAUGACAAUAAACUUGAAGCUGGAGUCUCUAGUUGUACUUUCUCUGAUGCAGUUGUUUAGCUGUUGAUCGCUCGACCAGCUUACCUAACA